AUGAAGAUCUACUUUCUUACGAUUUUUUCUACAGAAAACGAUGCGGCGGUAAAUUUAGCGGGAGAACACGAUCUCUCUGGUUUUGGGUUUUUUCAACGAAGCAGUGUUCAAGAGUUUAUGACAUUUUUCUCAAAAACUGUAGCUGAAAGAACAAAACCUGGUCAAAGACAAAGUGUUGAAGAAAAUAGAUUAGCAGGAAUUAUGAUUUGUGAUAAUGAAUAUCCUCAAAGAGUAGCAUUUUCCGUAUUAAAUAAAAUUUUGGAAGAAUUUCUCAUAAAAUUUCCUCGAGAUAAAUGGAUACCUCAAUCAAUUGUUUUUCCCGAACUUAAAAAUUAUUUGAUCAAAUAUCAAGAUCCCAAACAAGCGGAUCAAAUUGUUAAAGUUCAAGCUCAAUUAGAUGAAACCAAACUUGUCAUGAAUAAAACCAUAGAGACAAUUUUACAACGUGGUGAAAAAUUAGAAGAUUUAAUUGAUAGAUCUCAAGAAAUUUCAUUUCAAUCAAAAGCAUUUUAUAAGCAAGCGAAGAAGGUUUGA